UACCACCUUUAUGUCAAAACAAAAUUGUCAACAAACUGACGUGUACUUUGUUGCUAAAAUAUUUUUAAAAAUUUCUAUGUGUAUUCUCUUUUAAUUCAUCAUGUCAGAGUCCGAAAGGCUGUUAGAGAACAACGAGCCAUCAGAGACCGCAACAGAGCGCGGCGGACAGGGCGACGGUUCGCCAGUUGUGUCUGAACGAGAGGCAUAUUUCCAGGCACUGCGAUUAUGGAUCCAGCAAGCGCAGAUGUAUCAAAACCUAUCAACAUGCUUUCCGUACUACAUGAUGACCUUCCAGGGUCUACAGAACAACCCAACAAACGUGCCAUUGUUGAAUAACAACUAUCAAUUCCAAGGGCAACAAUUUCCGUUUCAAGUACCUAAUGCACCGCGUAACGUUCCAGAAACUCAACCCCAGAACGAGACACUAACUCCUGCUGAGGUGAUCGCUCGUCAUGGAGGUUAUGAAUACAUUAUACCGCCACUGUACAAGAGGCUGAUUGCAGAGUUUAUUGACUUUAUACUACUGUUCAUACUGAAGUUGAUUGUGACAUUCAUUGCAGUAGACAUGUUUGAGUUAAUAGACUUGGAUAAGUUUGACUUCUAUAAAUUCAGUGAAAAUUAUGACGAUUAUAAAUAUGCAAUGGAACUGACCUCAGGGAUAUUGUUUUUAGAAGUCAUUUACAGAAUGCUGGUCUGCGUAUAUGAGGCAUUCUGUCUCUGCGGCAGCAUUGGAAGAACUGGCGGAGCCACACCAGGAAAAGUGCUCCUCGGCCUACGAGUAGUCACAGCAUCUGCAGUUAUACCAGUCGAAGGCAGACCCAAAGAAACAGUCCUCUUGUAUCCUGGCAGACCGCUCACUUUCCUUGUAGCGCUAUUCCGAUCUCUCAUGAAAAAUUUUCUGAUUUCCCUCUUGUUUCCAUUAUGUGUGGUGCUGUUUGUUUUCAAACACAAUCGCACUGGCUAUGAUUUACUCUGUGGAGUGAUUGUCGUUGAAGAAAAUAUGUUCCCUUUGAGAAGGCAUGCUCCCUAGUGUACAAAUGCAUUGUUUACUUUGUUUAUCAGUUUGUGGCCAUCCUUUUCAAACUGCAGGGAUGUGAAAAAAUAAUAGUAUAACAGAGGCAUAAAAACCAUAAUGAUCCUGACAGUUCUUACAUUGUAAAUUUCUGUUCUUAUAAACUGAGCUCCCAAUAGCUGUCUGAGCUUCAGAAUUAAUGUAAAGAAUGACUUAAAAAGUGUUUUUUCUUACUAUAAUGUAUGUUGGAAUGGCUGUAAGGCAAUAUUAGCCUCAUAGGUGGCAGGUGUCUUGUUACUCAACCAUCUGUGGGGGUACCAUAGUGUUAUCUUAAUUUCUGCCAUACAGUAGUUAACAAGAGCCUUUUUAUUCUCAUUGGAUGGAAAUUGUAGUCAUUUAUACUACAGGGCAUUAUGAAAUUAUGGCUAAAGGUCGCGAAAAACAAUGUAUAUAUUUUUUUUAUUCUCAGAGUGCACCUAUUUCCUACCUACCGCCUUCCGACUUUGUGCAUCCCAAAUUCAAUAAAAAAUAUAAGUGAGACACAUUUUAAGGUAUGUACAUAUAUGUGUACAAUGAUGUUUGUUGCACACAGAAGAAAUAGAAGUGUCAUGCUCUGUGAUAAAAUAUAAUUUCUUUAUAUAAUAUAAUGUCACUUUUGGUUGUUUUAUAUUUGUAAGUUUGGUUUCAGAUAGUAUGUACUUUUCACUUUCAGUUUUAAGAAAAUUGUUUCCUACUUUCUUGUUAUUGCCAUUUAUGUUUGUAUUUUUAUACAAAUUAAACGAAAAAAUAAGUAUUUUCACAUAAACCAUAUUUUUAAAUGAUUUCAAUAAAGUACUCAGUUCGUCUUAUUUCUCCAUGGAGUAUCAAUUCUUAUAAUACAAUUUUCUGCUUCAUAAAUAUUACAAUAGAUUUGUAAAUACAACUAUUUUAUUUCAUGCGUUUAAUACUAAUUUUCAUAGAGGUUACCUAAAAUUUUAAAAAAUUAAACUGGAUUUAAUCCAUUUUUAUUUAAUUUCUCUUAUGAAUAGCAUAUCUAAGUUGAAAAUCGAUAUUUAGACAAGAUCUAAGUUAAUUUAAAAUUAUGAAAGCAACAAUCAGUUUAACAUUUUACAUAAUACUAUUGAAUUAAUUUUAUAUGAUCUAAAUAUUUAAAUAAUUUUAAAUAUUCAUUAAAGAAUUUAUAUAUUAUAAUUAAUUAAAUUUAACAGCAUUUUUUCUCUAGUUUUCGAAUGCUUAUUAUGUAUAAGCUUUUGUGUUAUUGCAUAGUUGAUUAAAAAUAUUUUUUUUCUUUAUUUUCUGGUUCCUAAAUUUUGACUGUUUAUAGUAGUAGUAGGGAUUUAAUAUACCAUAAUGCAUUAUACUAGCCACAUAGUUUGAAAUAAUUAACGCGGUUUAUCUGUCAAGUAAUUCAAUGGGGUUUAUCAACAGCAUUUUAGCUAAGGUAGCACAUCGUCAGUCGCCGCAAUGCGACCGAAUUGAUGCCGAUCGGAUUUAAUUUAUAAAAAUAUUACCAAGUUAAUACACAGUUCAGUCAGGUGUAAAAACGGUGCAUUUUUGCAUAGUUCUUUGAAUGGCAAAGCUUCUCGCUAAAACGCUGUCAAUGAUUUGCAUUAAUGAUUAUCGAUCUCCUCACAUUUGUCGAUGCGAAAGCAGUUGAAAAUUGAAUAAAAAGCUUUGUUUGCUGCAUGCUGUUGCCGACGACCGUACGGUGACGUUCAUAGUUUAUACCGGCAUGCUCGCGUAGUUUUCGGAACAAAUGUAAAUAGGUCUCACGAGGGCCCGACGAUAGACUCAACUGUCCACCACGUGUUAUCAGCGGUUGAGAUGGACGAUCGGCUUAAUAUGAGUAGUGUAGUGGAUACCUUAAGCUUAGCCGGUUCCGCGUUGAUAAAUGUGGACGAGACUCUAAUAUGUGUGUGUAAAUCUAGAUAAGUAAGGUAUAUUUUAUGAAAUAUCUGAGGAUAAUAUUCUACUGUAAUUUCUCUUUGUAUCUUUAACAAAACUAAAAUUACUAUUGUAAAUUCUUAGUUGUAAAUGUGGAAAUAAAACUAAGUUUUCAGAUUUUAUCUCGGUUUUAUAUUUUAAUUGUCUCCCAAAUAUGAUACAACCGCGAUAAAUUCCGAAAAAGAUUUUUUUUUCGAUGUCUAACAUUCGCGUAAAUAUAAGAAUCCAUUUGAAGUUGUUUUUUGUUAAUAAAAUUUAAGUUUUGAGUUACACGGAUAUGUGAUAUUUAUUAUGUAUUAUAGUGUAGAUAGUAAACUAUAUAAAUGUAAAGAUA